AUGCUGGUGAAGACACUUAGAAUUGGGGCGCCCCGCGUCACCCAGGAAGCUGGCGGAAGUCGGCUGGAUGUCGAGGUAUGCGGCGAGCCGCUCUUCGUCAGGGCGAACGUUCCCCUGGCUGAGAGCAGCGAGGCGCUGGUUGCGGCCUUCUACCUGGUUGCCCAGCACUACAAUGCGGUCUUGCGGAUCGAGGGUGAGCUCGAUCCGAUCUUUCUGCAGAACGUGCCGGCUGUGGCGGCUUUCGCCGAACGUCACCUUCGUCUGCCCGGCUGUCCGGUCCAAGCGCGAUCGAAAUCCGAUAGAACCAAGCAGGCCGGUGCCAGCGCCGCCUUCCUCACCGAGGGGCUGGAGUCGCUUUAUACCCUCGCACGACGGACGGCGGAACUCGAUGCGCUCAUCCACGUGGCGGGGCUCGACAAACCGGGACGUGACUCAGCCGCUGCCGAACGUCAUCUCCAAAACCUGCGUCGUCUGACAGAGGCAUCCGGUCAGUUCUUGAUCGAGAUGGAGACGAACCUGCGCGACCUGCGGCUGUUCCGCUCGGUGGACUGGGAGAUAACGCGCAGCGCCGCCCUAGCUGCGAUGGCGCAGUGUCUGGCGGGGCAGGUCGGUCACAUCCUGGUUCCCUUGAGCGAUGUUGGGACCUUCGGAGGCAGCUUGCCUUGGGGUGCCCACCCCCUGCUGAUCGAAGGUUGGUCGUCCAGCGCUGUCGAGAUUGUCUGCGACACCUCUCCUGCGAACUGGAUCGACAAGAUCGCGGCGCUUGGCAACUACCCUCCCGCUCUGGAUUACCUGCAGGUUUGCGGUCGUGGCGAGGAGCCGGGCAGCACCUUCGGCGAGCGUGAGAUUUGCGUUCGGGCGGUGGCGGCCCUUCAUAUCGUCGGGGGUCUCUCCGCCGGUCGAACGCUCCCUCAAGAUACGUUGUUCGAGAGCAUUCGCGCCCUGCCACCCUUGACGCCGCAACAGCGGCGCGCCUGGCAGGCGCUUCUCGAUCAUCCAAGAUCAGGUGACUUGGCGGCGGUCAUCAAGAACAAACUCGAGGAAACGCCCUUAGCGCCGGCCCUGACUUCCGCUUCCAUGGUUUCUGCGGCUUCUGCCAUCAGCGCCUCUCGAUUGACGUGGCAGAUCAGGAAUUUCCGGUUGGUCGGUCAGAUGCUUCGCUGA